AUGGUGCAACAAGCACUUUCGGCGGCAUUUGAAAAUGAUUGGUUAUGUUAUGUUUGUGUUUUGAACUGGAACAAUUUCAAAAUGGACGAAAAAACUAAAAAACUGCAGUUGAAUGAUGUUGAAAUGGACAAAAUAUAUGAAGUUUAUGUCAGCAAUGACGAUUAUGAUCGGGCAUUGAAAGAUAACCAUUUUGCUAAUGCAUUACUAAUGCAUGCUAGAGGGACAGCAGAAGACAUAUCUUCAGAUGUUGAGGAAAUGGAAUCUGAAAAUACUCAAUGUGCGACUCCAUGCAACUCACAGACUCAAGUUAGAACCACAAAUAUUUGGAGCUUUAAUCAAACACAGAGUCUCAUCAACUCUAUGGCUUCAUAUUAUGCAGAUUUUAAUGAUGUACGAAAAAGGAAACAUAUAUUUGAACAUAUUGCAAAUGAUCUGAUAAGUGCUGGGUAUGCCGUAGAUGCAAAACUUGUUCAGAAUAAGUGGAAGAGCUUACUGAGGAGCUAUACAAAAGCUAAAGACACCAAAACGCGAACUGGCCAGGGACCUUCAAGAUUUCUAUUUUAUGAGUUGAUUGAUGAUAUUGUUGGAAAUCAUCCCAAAAAUAAAUGUGAUCAUUCAUUAAACACAUUGGAUCCGCCUAUAUCAGAAAAUGAUUCCAGCAAUGGGGAAAAAGUACCAUUGGAAGAUGAAGAUGCCAGUGAAAGACAAGGUGAACAGGAGAGAGAUUUGGGAGGCACUGAAGAACUGAAUACUGGGGAAUGCUCUGCACCAAACAAACAAAAAUCAGGAGAUUCAGUAAGCACUGAAGGAAAGGAAAAUGGAGAAUGCUCUGCACCAAACAAAAAAAUAAGACUAAGUGAAAAACAACUGAAAAAAGAAUUUAUUAAUUCUAAGAAGAUAGAAUAUGCUAAGAGGCAGAAACGCCAUGAUGAAAAAUUGGCAAUUGAGACAAAAAGGAUGGAGAUUGAAGAAAAAAAAUUGGCUGUGCUUCAGGAAUAUCUGAAAAAUAAGCAGAAUCCUCCAAAAAAUGAUAAAUGUCACAGUUCUUUAUAUUUUAUGAGUCAAUGUUUUUUGUUUAGUAUUUAG